UUUUGAUUUAUUAAGCAAAAAUUGUGAGGGAAAUAUGGACUUUGAUUGUUUUAAAAAAGAAUUUAUUCGAAAACCUGAAGAAUGGGAAAUUGUGGAUGAAAAUUAUAAAGGAGGACUAUUUAAAUAUUUAUUUACUUUCCAUUUGCUUCCUCUAUCAGCAGCUCCAAAACGCAAUAUAUUUGUUAAGCGUAUUAUGAAAGGGAGGUUGAAUGAAGCAAAAUGUGAUAUUUUUAUUAGAUUGGUGAGUUUGCUUGUUUAA